AGGCUGCGAGUCGGCGGCCAGGAGCGCGUCCCGUCCCGGAGCAGUCCCGCCGCAGGCCGCAGGGUGGUGCUCGUGGCCAAGGCGGCGGCGAGCGGCUGCGAGCGGGGAGGCGGCCGAGCCCAGCGCAGCGCAGCGCAGCGCAGCGCAGCCGGGAGGCGGCGGCGAGCGGUCGUCCGCGGCGUCCUCCGCAGCAGCCGCUGCCGGUCCCGGAGUGCCGCGCUGCGGGCCGCCAGCCGAGCUCGGCGAGAGGGAGAGAGGGAGGCCGCGAGGGAGGGCGCCCGCCCUUGGCGCCGCGCUGCUGCCGGGCGCCGCUUCCCGCGGAGGACUGCGGCAGACGGAGGGUGUCCGCCGCCCCGCCAUGGCGUCUGCAAGGCAAGUGCUUUGUCUGUGUGCUUUGCUGUGCGUGCCGCGCGUUCGCUGCGAGCCCAUCCGCUACUCCGUAGCCGAGGAGGGGGAGAGCGGCUCCGUGGUGGCCAACGUGGCGGAGGACGCGGGGCUGACGCCGGCGCAGCUGUCGGCUCGCCGGGCACGCAUUGCCUCCGCGGACGGCCGGCAGCAUUUUCGCUUAGAGCGCGCCACCGGCCGCCUCGUCCUGGCGGAGCGGCUCGAUCGCGAGGAGAUGUGCGGCCGCUCGCUUACCUGCACGCUCGCCUUCGAGCUCCUGCUGGAAAACCCGCUGCAGUUCUUUCGUGUCGAGGUGGCCGUGGAGGACGUCAACGACCACUCGCCGGUGUUUCCCGAGGAACGAGUCACUUUUCAGAUCCCGGAAUCCAGCGACCCUGGAUUUCGUUUUCCUGUGGAGGCGGCUCAGGACCUGGACGUUGGCAGCAACAGCAUCCAGGCUUACACUAUCGCUCCCGAGAACGAGUACUUCAGUGUUUCUUUUAAGCAUCCGAGAAAUAAAUUUAUAGAAUUGGUAUUGGAAAAGCCUCUCGACAGAGAGGAGCAGCCAGAGCUGCUUUUCAGUCUCAUUGCUACAGACGGUGGCUCUCCACCUAGGAGCGGGACAGCCCAAAUCCACAUCAUAGUUCUGGAUGUAAAUGACAACGCUCCCACCUUUACUCAGGACGUGUAUGUUGGUCAGGUUUUGGAAAGUGCCCCAGCAGGCUCUGUGGUUCUCAGAGUUGUAGCCACCGAUCCAGACGUGGGACUGAAUGGUGACAUCUCCUAUAGGUUCAGCCAGUCAGUGGGUGAGAACCAAUUGCCCUUCACAAUUGAUUCCAUGAGUGGUGAAAUUCGUGUCACAAAGCCCCUGGAUUUUGAGACCACACAGAAAUAUGAGCUCAGUAUGCUGGCAACUGAUGGUGGGGGUCUCUCAGGCAUGUGCAAUAUAGUCGUGGAGGUGAUGGAUGUGAAUGACAAUUCACCAGAGGUGGUGGUGAGUUCCUUCAGCAGCCCCCUCCCUGAGAAUACGGAGCCUGGGACAGUGGUAGCAGUAUUUGCAGUGAGGGACCGUGAUUCUGGUGUGAAUGGGGAGAUCAUCUGUGCCCUUGAAGACCAGCUCUCCUUCUCCCUGAGGUCAGCCUAUAGGAAUUAUUAUGAGCUGGUUACCAUGAACACGUUGGAUCGGGAGGAGACAGCUCAGUACCUUGUGGUCAUCACAGCGGCAGACACAGGAUCUCCUCCUCUCACCACUACCCAGACCUUCACGGUGAACAUCUCCGAUGUCAAUGACAAUGCCCCUGUCUUCAACCAAACAUCAUACACCAUGUAUGUGCGAGAGAACAAUAUCCCUGGAGUGCUUGUUGGGGCUGUCAGUGCAGCAGACUCAGAUGCAGGACCCAAUGCCAAGGUGACCUAUUCCCUGGUGCCUGUGCACCCAACUGAGCAGGAUCCCUGCUCCUGCAUUUCCGUGAACUCAGAGAACGGACAUGUGUUUGUGCUGCGUCCACUGGACUAUGAGCAGGUGAGGCAGCUUGAGGUGCUGGUGAGUGCCACCGAUGCGGGGUCUCCUCCCCUCAGCACCAACGUCACCGUCCGCCUUCUUGUGGUGGACGAGAACGACAAUGCCCCACUGGUGUUGCACCCUGCUCAGGACAGCAGCCUGCCAUCCAGUGAGCUGGUGCCAGCGUCGGCUGAGGUGGGGGACCUGGUCACCAAAGUGGUGGCCGUUGAUGCGGACUCUGGUCAGAACUCGUGGCUUUCCUUCCACCUGCUGAGGGCCACAGACCCCGGGCUGUUUGCUGUGGGUAGCCAAAAUGGGGAGGUGCGUCUGAGGAGGCCAGUGACAGAGAGGGAUGCAGUGAAGCAGAAGCUCGAGGUGCUGGUGCGUGACAAUGGGCGGCCACCUCUGUCGGCCACUGCAGCACUGAACGUACUCCUGCUCAACGGCCUCUCACAGGAACACCUGCCACAGCAGGAGCUGGCUGUGCAGGAUGAAGACAGCUCCCUGACAAUCUAUUUAAUCGUUUCACUGGUCUUUGUCUCCCUCCUCUUCCUCACAUCUGUCGCAGCCUUUGUUGCUUGCAAGGUAUUCAAGAGAAAGGAGCUGAAAGGAGGGCACAUGCUGCAUGGCACGGGCAACUUGCAGAGCAGUCUUGCUGCUGGGGCUGCUGCUGGGACCCUGCCCCAUGCCUAUUGCUAUGAGAUCAACCUUACCACAGGGUCGGGCAACAGCGAGUUCAAGUUCCUGAAGCCCAUCCUCCCCAGCCUGCCACCACAGCACUCUGGCACAGGCAGGGGUGUUGCUGACACAGAGGAUUUCCCACCCGUCCAGAACUCCAUGGGGGAUGCAGCCCUGGACAUCUCUGGUACACCAUCUGUUGGACACUUUAAUGGCCUUCCUUUUAACUAGGUCUGGGUCCACGCAGUUAAAGGCUACAUGUCUUUGAGCUAGAAGGGAUCUGGCUAAUGAUAUUCAGUCUUGUUUCCUGGAGAUUAAAUCUACAUUUGUAAUUGGCUUCACAAAAGACCCUCUAAUACCAAGUCAGAUGUAUUGUUUUUCUUCACCCCCCAUUAAAAGUUUAGAAAUUAUAUGUAUAUAUAUAAGAGAAGUAAGGCCUUUGUUCUCAGGCAAUGAUAUAUUCCAGGUCUGGUAUUGGUGCUUUGUGAGGAAUGUGUGAUUCAGUCUCUCUGCCUAAAUGCUUGUCAUUAGGAGAAAGCUUGACAAUCACCCUGUCUUAGUCUGUGUGAUGAAACACAAUGGUGAGUCUGGGCUGUUGACAGUGCAGUAUAGCCCUCAUCUUGUUUGCCGGGAAGAAAGGUGUUAGCCCUGUGUAUCACUGCAGUGCAAGUGCUACUCUCUUUCUUUGCUGAAUCCUGGAUCUCUCUGUAUACAGAGUCAUGUCAGCACCGUGUGGUUUUGCACUGUGUGGUCUUCCACCUCGGUUGGCAUGAACCAUGUAUUUUACUGGGUUGCACCAUCUCAUCUUCUCCAGGGUACAGCAAAAAUGUGCCGACCCAAACUUUGCAGUGGUCCAUGUUCUUGGGAGUGACUCAGAAGUAUAGGAGGACUAAUGAUUCCAACAUAGACACUACUUAUACAUAGCUUUGACCCUGAUCAUUGUGUUUUGGUGGAUGGCAAGGCAUCUUGAUACAUUGCCUCAGAGGACAUUUGUCUACAAGGCAGAAGAAAGAUAGGCUUUAAAAUGGAGUAACCUUUUCUUGUGUCAUUGUUUUCAUUCUUGCUUGAAGGGUUCCUCAAUGAAAGGAAAGUGCUAUCAUGGUCUGGUUUUCCAGGUUUUUGUAAGAAUGCUUGCAUCUUCCUUUUUUUUUCCCUUUCUCCUUUGUCUGUGUAUUUAAACAUUGUCGUAUGAAUUCCCCUUAAGAAGGACUGAUACUCAACCUAUAACGAUGGGUAGUUGGAAAGAUCGUGAUACGGGACUAGAUACAUAAACACCCUUAUGUUCUGUUGUGCUGCAUUAUACACUGUACCAUUUUUAUGCUGGUAUACCCUUGUCUGUAAAAGUGAAAUGGAAUGAAUGCCCAAGUGCUAUUCUGGCAAUAAAAAGGAUGCUGUUGUCCUGGGUCACUGUCUGUCUUGGUGCUUUUUUAUUUAUUAUAUAUAUUUUUAAUUGGUUCCUUAAUGGAGGUUUUGGUUUGGUGCUAUGUGUCCUCAACCUGGAGAUGUGACUGCUAGUGCCUAAAGGGAAAGGGUGGGUAUCUAGGAUGUCCUGGCAGGUCUCUUGUGGGCCUUGUGAGCACUAAGCAUAAGAAGUGGCCGAGCACCUGGGCCCAGAAGGGAGAUGAUCAGUGGCACAAAGUCGUGUUGGAUGCCAGGAACUAUUGGUAUACUGUAUUGAUCACCACUGAUUGCAUUGUUCAACAUGUGUGGGAUUUGCUGCUCCACCUAGAUCCAUACACGUCCAUGGAUUUGGAUGGGUUUCAUCUCAGGGUGCUCAGAGAGCUGACUGACAUCAUCAUGGGAAUUCUCUCAAUUAUUUUUCAGUAUUCCUGGGAAUCAGGAGAGGCCCCAGUUGACUGGAAGCUGGCAAAUGUUGUACCAGUUUUCAAGAAGGGCAAGAAAGAAGGCCCUGGAAACUAGAGGCCUGUUAGUGUCAUGGCAGCGCAGGGUAGAAUUAUGGAGAUUAUUCUGGGAACUAUUGAAUCACACCUGGUGGACAACACAAUCAUUGGUCCCAGCCAAGAUGGCUUCAUGAGGGGUAGGUUCUGUUUAACAAAUUUUAUUUCCUUUUAUUAUAAGAUCACCCAUCUAGUCGAUGAAGGGAAAGCAGCUGCUGUAAUCUUUUUGGAUUUCAGUAAAGCUUUUGACACAGUUUCCCUUAGGAUCCUACUGAGCAAUAUACCCAGCAUGCAGCUAGACAAAAACAUCAUACAAUGCGUGAAUAAUUAUCUGAUGGGUAUUGCUCAAAGGUUUACGGUAAAUGGGGCUGCACCAGGAUAGCAGCCAGUCACCAGUGGGGUCCCCCAAGGCUUCGUUUUAAUGCCAGUUCUCUUCAAUGUUUUUAGAAACGAUUUGGAUGUAGGACUAGAAGGUAUUUUGAGCAAAUUUGGGCUGUGCAUUUGGUUUGUGCUCUUAGUCACAUGGUCUGAAUUAUUUUUAGACCUAUGAAGAGCCAGGAGGGUCACUAGAUGAUCCUUACAGGUUUCUUCCAGCUUGGGAUAUUCUUUUUAUUCUGUGUUGAAUAUCCUUAUAAAUAAUCUCAAUGAUGGGACAGAGUGUGCCCUCUGCAAGUCAACAGGUGCUGUAGAACGGGAAUGGGGGUGAGGUGGAGAAGCGUCGGCUACUGCAGAGGGUGUUGCUGUCAUCAAAAGGAUCUGGAGAACCUGGAGAAAUGGGCUGACAGGAUCCUCAUGGAGUUCCACAAGGAAAAGUGCAAAGUCCUUCACUUGGGGAGGAACAAUGCCAUGUUCCAGGAAAGCAGGCUGGUGGAAAAGGCUCUCUGGGUCCCAGUGGAUACCAAGUUGAACAUGUGCCAGCAGCAUGCCCUUGCCAUAAAGCAGCCUAAUGAUGGUUGAAUCAGCAGAGUCUCUUGAACAGAUCAAGGGAGUAUCUCGGGCAACUCAAGGGAAGCCAUACUUCCACUCUGUUCACCACUGGUGAGGCCAGACCCUGUCUAGUGUUUUAGAGCUGGAAGGGAUCUAGCUCACAACCCUUAACCCUUGUUUCCUGGAGAGUAAACCUGCACUUGAAAUUGGCCUUGCAAAUAACCCCCUAAAAUUGAGUCAGAUAUAUGUUUUCCUCUACACUUCCAAAAUAAAUAAAUUAGCAGAUAUAUUGAAUGAAAGAAACCAAAGACUGCAUCAUUCGGGAAAUGAUAUGUUUCACCUCAGUCGAAAUCUCUUCUGAAGUGAGUAGAAAUCGGCGCUUCAGACUGUCUCGUUAAGUUCUUUGUCUUGUUCAAUUCUUUGGCUCCUUAAAUUCUUUAUCCUGCUUGUUGUAAUUGGCUUCGCAAAUGACCCUCUAAUAGGAAAUCAUAUGUAUGUUUUUAUUCAUACCUCAAAGGAAAAAUAAGAGAUAAAAUCAAGAAAGUAAAGUUUCUUUCCUUCAGGCAAUUUGUUUCAUCUCGGAGAAUAUCUUUUCUGAAUCACCUCAUUAGUAGGGUUUGGCUCUUUAAAUUGGCUCGUUAAGUACUUUGUUCUUAGGCUCGUCUUAGCAUUGUCGUACGAAUUCCCCUAAGAAGGACUGACACCCAAACUAUAACAAUGGGUUUUUGGAAAGAAGGUGUUCUGGGACUGGAUACAUAAACACCCUUAUGUUCUGUUGUGCUGCAUUAUACACUGUAUCAUUUUUAAGCUGGUGUACCCUUGUCUGUAAAAGUGAAAUGGAAUGAAUUCCCAAGUGCCAUUCUGGCAAUAAAAAGGAUGCUGUUGUCCUGGG